GCUAAGCGACCAGACGGUUGCGUUGUGUCUGUGAAAACAUUAAUAGAGUGUUGAAUCUACAACUUUAUAAUUUUGUCGUUUUUGUAUAUGGGAUAAAGCUAUAUUUGGCGGUAGGGUUCGGUCAUGACGCUAACAACGAUCAAAGACGGCGAAUACACGGCCACCGUGUAUAAAAUGAUCAAAGAGGGGCGCUAUGGAGACGCAAUUCAUGUUCUGAGCAAAGAACAUCAGAAACACACAAAAUCAAGGGCUGCGCUCUCGCUCAUAGGUUAUUGCUACUAUCACAUGCAAGAAUUCACUAAUGCAGCAGAGUGCUAUGAACAGCUGACACAGCUUCACCCAGAGGUGGAAGACUACAAACUCUACUAUGCCCAGUCCCUUUACGGAGCGUGUGCCUUCCCAGAGGCCAUGAAAGCUACAUUCCUGCUGGACAGCACUACAAGUCAUACUAAGAUGAUCAAACUGCAAGCUGCUAUCAAAUAUGGGGAAGAGGACUUUUCAGGUGCAAAGACUCUAAUUGAGCAGUUGCCUCAGGAGGAUCCAGACUAUGAUGUUGAUCUUGGUUGUUUGCUUUAUAAGGAGGGAGAGUAUGAUGAAGCUUGCAAAAAGUUUAUGUCCUCUAUGAAUGUACUGGGUUACCAGCCAGAUCUGGCAUACAACAUAGCACUUUGUUACUACAGUUUAAAGCAGUACGCUUCAGCACUCAAAUAUAUUGCAGAAAUCAUUGAGCGUGGAAUCAGAGAGCAUCCAGAACUCAGUAUCGGCAUGACAACAGAAGGCAUUGAUGUAAGAAGUGUUGGCAACACCCUUGUCUUGCAUGAAACCGCUUUGAUCGAAGCUUUUAAUCUGAAAGCAGCUAUUGAAUACCAGCUGAAGAACUAUGCUGCAGCACAGGAGGCACUGACUGAUAUGCCCCCCAGAUCAGAGGAGGAAUUGGAUCCAGUCACCCUUCACAACCAGGCCUUAAUGAAUAUGGACUCCAAGCCUACUGAGGGGUUUGAGAAGUUUGCUUUUCUCCUUCAGCAAAAUCCCUUCCCUCCUGUUACUUUUGGCAACUUACUUUUGCUCUACUGUAAAUACGAGUACUUUGACCUUGCUGCAGAUGUUCUGGCUGAAAAUGCCCAUCUCACAUACAAGUUUCUCACACCGUACCUCUAUGAGUUCCUGGAUGCCAUGAUCACAUGUCAGACAGCACCUGAGGAGGCCUUUCGAAAAUUUGAGGAAACUGCUGGAAAACUGACCGAGCAGUUACGCAAGGUUACAAAACAGGUGCAAGACGCAAGGCACAACCGGGAUGAAGAAUCCUUAAAAAAAUAUGUCCAAGACUAUGAUGAAGUUCUUGAGAGAUACAUUCCUGUAUUAAUGGCACAAGCCAAAAUCUACUGGAACCGUGAGAACUACAGCAUGGUAGAAAAGAUCUUCCACAAGUCACUGGAGUUCUGCAAUGAGCAUGACACUUGGAAACUUAAUGUUGCUCAUGUGCUCUUCAUGCAAGAUAACAAAUAUAAAGAAGCCAUUGGGUUUUAUGAGCCCAUAGUUAAGAAGCAUUAUGAGAACAUCCUCAAUGUCAGUGCAAUUGUUCUUGCUAAUCUGUGCGUGUCAUACAUCAUGACCAGCCAAAAUGAAGAGGCAGAGGAACUGAUGAGGAAGAUAGAGAAAGAAGAGGAGCAGAUCUCUUAUGAUGACCCAGACAAAAAGAUUUUUCAUCUGUGUAUAGUCAACCUUGUAAUAGGGACUUUGUAUUGUGCUAAAGGGAACUAUGACUUUGGCAUUUCUCGUGUCAUAAAGAGUCUGGAGCCAUACAACAAGAAGCUCGGAACAGACACGUGGUUCUAUGCUAAAAGAUGUUUCCUCUCACUGCUGGAAAAUAUGGCCAAACACAUGAUCAUGCUCAGAGAUUCAGUGGUGCAAGAGUGCAUUCAGUUCCUGGAGCAUUGUGAAUUGUAUGGGAAAGAUGUUCUUGCCAUCAUAGAGCAGCCUCUGGAAGAGAACCGCAUGCACAUCGGCAAGAACACUGUCACGUAUGAAUCACGCCUGAUUAAAGCUCUCUUCUAUGAAGUCACAGGAUGGAAUGAUUAAUCCUUAAUGGAAAUGUUUGCAAAACUUCAUUUAUCUAUAUUAGAACAGGGUUUUGGGCAAAUAUUAAGCACAGACCAGAAUUUUCUCAGUAGCAUUUUAAUGAAUAUGUCAUUAAACUAAAAUUCGAAGAGUCAAGUUUUUAUGGAUUGGUGGUUGUUUGACUAAUAAGAUACAUGGCGUUUAGUCUGUACUUUCUGAGCAGCUUUUGAGAGAUCAUGCUGCUUUUUUGGGCUGAAAUCAAACGUGCAUUUAAAGAAUGCAUUUUCUAUAAUAAGGAACCCAUAGGGGUCUGCUACUUUCAAAACUUUGUUACACUGAGAGAAAAUAUUCAGCAAAGACAGGCAUUUUAAUUUUAAAACUUGGCUUUGUUUGUCCGAAAAUAAUAAAACAUGCCCCAAUUCAACAACAGCAUAAUGUUAAUUGCCUCAAACAACUCUAUAUGUAAUAAAUAAUGUAAUAAACAAACAGAACUUC